AUGUCUGGAAAAGCAACAGCCUCGAGUCAUAAUAUAGGUCUUAGAGGAUCUGGUGGUCUUUCACAUGCUUACAUUCAGUACCCACCGCUUCGAUGUAAUGUUCCUGGAUCAAGGGGAUUAUUUUAUGAUGAUGGAAAUAAGUUGCUACUCUCCCCAACUGCUGACCAGGUCUUUUCAUGGAAAGUCAGUCUCUUUGAUCCUCUCAUUGGUCCCACCACUGACUCAAUAAGUGAAGGCCCUAUUAUAGCUAUUCGGUAUUCUUUAGACACAAAGGUUAUAGCAAUUCAGCGAUCGGGCCAUGAGAUACAAUUUUGGGAUAGAGAAACUGCAGAAACGUUUAGCCAUAAGUGCAGGGCAGAAUCAGAAAGUAUACUUGGAUUUUUUUGGACAGACAGUCAACAAUGUGAUAUUGUUAUCGUUAAGACCACUGGUCUAGACUUGUGUGCAUAUAAGUCAGAGUCAAAAUCACUCCAAUUAGUGGAAACAAAGAAACUGAAUGUUAGUUGGUAUGUUUACACACAUGAAAGCCGCCUGGUUCUUCUUGCUUCUGGAAUGCAGUGCAAGACAUUCCAUGGAUUUCAGAUUUCGUCUGCAGAUGUUGUUCGCUUACCACGGUUUGAGAUGGUUAUGGCCAAAUCUGAGGCAAAUAGUAAGCCCGUAUUAGCAGCUGAAGACAUCUUUAUUGUUACUGUUUAUGGUAGGAUAUACUGCUUGCAAGUUGAUAGAGUUGCAAUGCUACUCCAUUCCUAUAGGCUAUAUCGUGAUGCAGUGAUACAGCAGGGAUCUUUACCAAUUUAUUCCAGCAGGAUUGCUAUUCUCGAGCACCAAUAUCUGCACCACUUCCUUUAUUUUACAUAUACCGAUACAUGGAAUUUCCUAGUCCCUGAUCUCGUGUGCGAUGUGGCCAAUAAGCUAUUAUGGAAAUUCAAUUUAGACUUAGAAGCAAUUUCUGCCAGUAACUCAGAUGUCCCAUCAGUAUUAGACUUCCUGCAGCGGCGAAAGUUGGAAGCUAACAAGGCUAAACAAUUGUGCUUGGGUAUAACGCAGACACUUAUUCUAGAGCACAGACCUGUGCAUGUGGUUGCCAAGGCUAUAAAUGUACUAGUUACCUCGUACUGCCAUUCAAUUAAAACUUGUAGCUUAUUGAAGGGGCUGAAACCAGAGAUGACAUUAAACUCUGGUGCACAAAAUGCUGACGCUGAUGUAUCUGCUAUAGAAAGUGAUGCAGUUGGGAAAUCGAUCGUACAUGAAUCUACCACUAGAGUUGACAGUGGAACUUUGGAUUCUGAGGAUGAAUCACAGUUUGCAAAUCUUAAACACAGUUCAAAGGAGGCCCUUGUUGGGGGUAGUGUAAACAAUGUGAACUCCCCUCGUAACGAAGCUCAUAGUUCUUAUGCUAUGCAAUCAUCUUUAUUUUCUGCUCAAGAGGAUUCCCAACUUACUUCAGCAGCAAUUUCACCUGAUGAGAUGUACAACUUUGUCUUUUCUCCCGUUGAUGAAGAGAUGGUGGGCGAUCCUUCUUACUUGGUUGCUAUAAUUAUUGAGUUUCUUCACAGUGCAAAUUUGGAAAAGAUUCGUGUGGCCCCAAAUCUAUAUGUAUUGAUAAUUCAACUUCUGGUGCGGAAUGAACGUUAUGCUGAGUUGGGGUUGUUUGUCGUAAAUAAGAUUUUGGAGCCUUCUAAGGAAGUUGCACUGCAACUCCUGGAGUCUGGACGUCAGAACACCCAAACUAGGAAGCUUGGUCUGGAUAUGCUGAGACAGCUUGGCUUACAUAAUGAUUAUGUAUUGCUGCUAGUGCAAGAUGGAUACUACCUUGAAGCCCUGCGAUAUGCACGGAAGUACAAGGUGGAUACCAUCCGACCGUCAUUGUUUUUAGAAGCAGCUUUUGUAUCCAAUGACUCCCAACAUCUUGCUGCAGUUCUAAGAUUCUUUACAGAUUUCCUUCCUAGCUUCAAAAACACCUCAGAGCAUAAUAGAUACUACCGCAUACUAAAUGAGAUGAACUCUUCCAUGACUGUUUAA